GUCAAAACUUUUACUUUAGUGAUCAUUCUUUGCUUUAUUCUUACAAGUUUCUCUUUGUUUUCUUUGAAUUGAAACAAAGGAAAAAAUGGCUGAUCAGUAUGAACACAACAAGCCUUCAGUUGAAGAGACUACCACUGGUGCUAACGUGGAAUCAACAGAUCGUGGUUUGUUUGAUUUCCUAGGGAAAAAGGAGGAGGAAAAACCAACUCAUGCUCAUGAAGAACAAGCAAUUUCAUCUGAGUUUGGUGAGAAAGUUAAAGUAGGUGAAGAAGAACACAAGGAGGAGGAGAAAAAGAAAGAAGAGAAGAAACUUCAUCGAUCAAGUAGCAGCUCUAGUAGCUCAAGUGAUGAGGAGGAAGAAGUAGUAGGAGAAGAUGGACAGAAAAUCAAGAAGAAGAAAAAGAAGGGAUUGAAGGACAAGAUGAAGGACAAAAUAUCUGGUGAUCACAAGGAAGAAGACAAGAAAACGGAAGACACUUCAGUUCCAGUUGAGAAGUACGAGGAAACUGAGGAGAAAAAGGGAUUUCUAGACAAGAUUAAGGACAAGUUGCCAGGUGGAGGACAGAAGAAGACGGAGGAGGCCGCUGCACCGCCAUCGCCACCACCACCACCAGCUGUGGCGGAGCACGAGGCGGAGGGGAAGGAGAAGAAGGGAUUUUUGGACAAGAUUAAGGAGAAAUUGCCAGGGUAUCACUCAAAGACUGAAGAGGAAAAGGAAAAAGAAAAAGAAGCAGCAUCUCACUAAGUAAUUAAAGUUGAUAGCAUGGGAAUGAAUGUUUAUUUGUUGCUUUUUUGAACUUUUGGUAUGUUAUGAUUGUGGUGUUCUGUUGUUUUUGGAUUUUGAAGGAUGUUAUAAGUGCUGUAUUUUGAUAUUUCUAUAUGUAAGUGCAUAGUUUUAUGUGUACUUUGAUGGUAUGGAUUUGUAAAAUGCAGUGAUUUUGGUUU